AAAGGGAGGAUAAAGAUCUUUGUUGUGUUGGUGGCUCCUGGAGAUACACUCUUCACUGUUUUCUUCAGAUCCAAAGAAAAGGUAAGAAAUCCCUUUAUAUUAUCUUCUUUUUCUACAAAUUUAUAUGUUUUUUUUUACUCCUGCUCUCUGCUUUUGGACGCUUGCAUGAUCUGAUGAUCCAAAACCUGUCCCUUUCUCUCUCUUUCUCUCUCUCUCUCCUCUUCUCUGUGCUCUGUCUGUGAGUGUCUACGGCUUUUUAUCUGCUUCUAUGUCGGCCAUCCACUCACUCAUUCAAUCUCUGAACAACAACACAGACGAAGAAUCAGACGAACAAUACGACGCCCUUGCCUUCUACUUUCUCUAAUUUCCCAAUUUCCCAAUUCCCCUUCUUCCCUCUUUCGUCUUUGUAGGGUUUUCAUUUCACUUUUCUCCUCUUUCCACCAAUUCCCACUUGGGUUUUGGGUUUCCUAGCCGCUGUCGAUCAGGGUGUGUGUGAUCUUGUGAUUCUGUUCGAGUUUCGAGACGGAUUCUGGGUUUUUUUUUUUUGUUUGAUUGACCCAAUUUGAGUUUAUGGGUUUGGAGUGGUCAAACCAUGCCGAAGAAUCUGCUGGUGAGUCCCUUUGAAUUUGGUGGAAAUUGGGAAAUUUUGAUAUGAUUAUGGAGAUUUUGGAGACCCAUUCCUCUGUUUUUCGUUCUGCAAUGUUCUGUUUCUGAGGAUUUUGGAAUUCAGUUUCUGGGUUCCUUGAAUUGAGAUGAUUACGUUUAUGGAUUCGAAAGAGAAAGUGAAAGAUAUGGAGAAAUGCUUAGAUCCUCAGCUAUGGCAUGCUUGUGCUGGAGGAAUGGUUCAAAUGCCGCCGGUGAACGCCAGGGUUUUCUAUUUUCCUCAAGGUCAUGCCGAGCAUGCUUGUGCGCCAGUUGAUUUCAGGAACUGUUCUAAGGUUCCUCCAUAUACCCUUUGUAGAGUUUCUGCUAUCAAGUUCCUUGCCGAUCCCGACACGGAUGAGGUCUUUGCUAAACUCAGGUUGAUUCCCAUUAAUGGAAGUGAACUAGAGUUUGAAGAUGAUGGUAUUGGAAGGCUUAAUGGGUCUGAACAGGAUAAGCCAACUUCGUUUGCAAAGACAUUGACUCAAUCUGAUGCUAACAAUGGUGGGGGUUUCUCUGUUCCGAGGUAUUGUGCUGAAACGAUCUUCCCUCGGUUGGAUUACUCGGCCGAUCCGCCGGUUCAGACGAUUCUUGCUAAGGAUGUUCAUGGGGAGACAUGGAAAUUCAGACACAUUUACCGUGGGACGCCUCGGCGACAUCUUUUAACGACGGGAUGGAGUACGUUUGUUAACCAUAAGAAGCUUGUGGCUGGUGAUUCCAUUGUGUUCUUGAGGGCUGAAAAUGGAGAUCUCUGCGUCGGGAUUAGACGAGCGAAGAGAGGAAUUGGAGAUGGACCGGAACCGCCGUGUGGAUGGAAUCCAGCAGGUGGGAACUGUGCUGUGCCUUAUGGAGCUUUCUCAACGUUCUUGAGGGAAGAUGAAAACAGAGUGAACAGGACUAAUGGAAAAGGGAAAGUGAAGGCUGAAUCAGUCAUUGAGGCUGCUACACUUGCUGCAAAUGGGCAGCCCUUUGAAAUAGUAUACUAUCCAAGAGCUAGUACUCCUGAGUUCUGUGUCAAGGCAGGGCUGGUGAAAGCAGCAUUGCAGAUCCGGUGGUGCUCGGGUAUGCGGUUCAAGAUGGCGUUCGAAACCGAGGACUCUUUGCGGAUAAGCUGGUUCAUGGGUACCAUAAACACCGUUCAGGCCGCCGACCCACUGCGCUGGCCUGAAUCACCAUGGAGGCUUCUACAGGUUACUUGGGACGAGCCCGAUUUACUUCAGAAUGUGAAACGUGUUAGCCCGUGGUUGGUCGAAUUGGUAUCAAACAUAUCUCCGAUUCAUCUUGCCCCGUUCUCACCUCCAAGGAAAAAGUUCAGAUAUCCACAACACCCUGAUUUCCCCCUCGAUAACAAGCCUUCUAUGUCGCCGUUCGCGAGUUAUCUCCAUGGGCCAGGCAGCCCCUUCGGUUGUCCUCCGGACAACAACCCUGCUGGCAUGCAGGGAGCCAGGCAUGCUCAUUUUGGUCUAUCCUUGUCGGAUUUUCAUCUCAGUAAACUGCAGUCGGGUCUGUUUCCGAUUCGUUAUCGAUCACUGGAUCCAGCUGCUAGAUCAACUAGACUUUCUGGUAAUGCAAUGACUGAAAAGCCAAGUAUGAGUGAAAAUGUAUCUUGCUUGCUAACCAUGGCGCAUUCUACUCAAACGUCGAAGAAAUUCGACAACGUAAAGACUCCACAGCUAAUACUUUUCGGCAGACCCAUACUAACCGAAUUGCAGAUGUCUCAAAGCUGUUCUGGUGAUACCGUUUCUCCAGUUGGUACUGGAAACAGUUCGUCGGAUGGAAACGGUUCUGGAUCUGCACUACAUCAACAAGGUCUACCAGAACGCUCGUCUUGCGAAAAUUUCCAAUGGUACAAGGACAAUCGCCAAGAUGUCGAGCCUAACUUGGAUACUGGCCACUGUAAAGUCUUCAUGGAAUCAGAAGACGUCGGUCGCACCCUCGAUCUUUCUUCAGUUGGGUCCUAUGAAGAAUUGUACAGAAAACUCGGAAACAUGUUCGGCAUCGAUAACUCAGAGAUGUUGAACCAUGUCUUGUACCGGGAUAUCUCCGGUGCUGUCAAGCACGUCGGCGACGAACAAUUCAGCGAGUUCAUCAAGACGGCAAGAAGAUUGACAAUUCUAACAGAUUCAGGAAGUAACAAUGUAGGAGGUUAGAGGAAGUGAUUUUCAAGUGUAUAGCUGGUGAAUAUCAGGUUCUUCGUUUUCCCUGCUGACCUUUGUCUGUUGCAAAUCUGGGAGCUGCUAAAGAUCAUAAUGUCGUUUUCCUUUGAAAUUGAAAAGUUUUAAUUUUUAUUUUCUUUUCCCAAUCCAACUUAUGGAAGGAAAGAGGGGAUGUUUGAAUUUUGGAAGUUUCUUACAUCCUCUUGUUCUGUGAUGAACUUUGUGGGGUUUCUUUUUGGGUUCCUUUUUUUAGGUGAUUUUAGUUCUUAAUGUUAAUGGAAGUGGUUUCAAAGUAUAUGAACUGUGUGUUUGUAAG